AAAUUUAGUUUUAUUUGGAUCGGUUCAAGUACCAUGUUAUUUUGAAAAUAAAUAAAAAAUCAUUAUACAUCAUUUUUAUUCAGAUUGGGUUCAGGAGUUUAUAUUAUUUAAAACAAUUAAAAUAACAUAAUACACAACAUAAAGUAUACUAAACUGAACAUCUAAAUUAGUUGUUUUUAUUUUAGAUAUUUAUUUUAAUUACUGAGUAUUUUAUGAUAUUUAUGAAGAACUAUAUUAGGGGUUGGUAUGAAUCUUUUGAGUUUUAAUAAAAUCUAAAAUCUAAAUUGUAUUAGGAGUUGGUAUGAAUCUUUUGAGUUUUAAUAAAAUCUAGAAUCUAAAAUCCAAAAUGUUAUUGAAGAAAGCGCAGUUGAAUAUAUGUUGAUUUCAGUUAAUUUGGUCUCAAUUUAUUUUCCAGGUUGGUUUGCAUUUGACUUUUUGUCCAACCUUAAUCUUAGACUUAGAUUUGUAUUCUUUGUAAGACUAAUAUAGGCUGAUCACUAAUAAGUGGCUUUAAACAAAAUCCAUUUGAAGAAAUUCAAAGAAAAGAACAACAUCAUAUAAUGAUCAUAAAUUGAUCUUGGUUGGACUUGGCCUGUUUACGAUGAGAUAGUCCUCAUAGUUAUACCCACCCUCUAGCCAUGAAAGUGAUUUAGGGGGGUUAUUGGUAGAAGAAUUCAAGAGGAGUUAUUAAAUUUUGAGAUUUUAUUGUUAUUGGUUUAUGGAUUUUUAAAAUUUAAUUAGAAUCCAUUGUUAUUGGGAUGAUGACUUUUAAAUUCCACUCAAAAUCUUUUGUUAUUGGAAAAGUUUAGUUUUCAUUGAUUUUAAGAUUCUAUUAAAAUCUAUUGUUAUUGGGAUGUAAAUUCUCUUUUUUUAUACUCAUAAGACUAAACUUUGAGAAUAUCAUCUAUACCAAUAAGAUUUUGGAAAUCUAUGCAAUAAAAUACACUCGCAUACAAAAACACACAAAAAUUGAACAAUGAAAUAAUACAAAUCACAACUUUAACAUAAAAGUAGGAAAAAGAUAUUAAAAAUUUAAUAAAAGUAAAAAAAAAUAGUUUUAAAAACUAUUUUUGAAAUUCAAAAAGAAUUAAAAAAAACAAUUUAAAAAAAAAAUCGAAACCUUUUAUAUAAAAAGUUCAAAUUUAAAACCAUAUAUUUUAAAAUUAUAAAAAAAUAACUUUUAUUUAUAUAUCUAUAUAUUAAAAGGUACAAUGACAUUUUGUCUUUUUAAUAAUUGAAAUGAUUCUUUUUUUCUUUUCUCCUAUUAUACCAUUAAUUUCUUACCUUAAAAGUUGAUAACAAUCAAUAGAAUUCUAUACACAAGUAAUGAAAAUCUAUGUAAGAAUAUUGGAUAAAAUUUGUCAAAUCUAGUUAACUUGUAAAAUCUUCUCAACUAUUGAAAUCAUCAAAUUCCAUUAAAACAGCAAAAUCUAUAUAGAUUUGGUUUUAGAUUUGAUCCUAAAAUAACCAUUCUACAUUUACUAUAUAUAUAAAUAUAAUAAUUCUUUAAAUGAAAUUAUUAUUAUAAUUUUUUAAAACAAUAUGUUAUUUUAUUUCAAACUUAUUUAAAAAAAAUAUUUUGAAAUCCAACAUUUUUUCUUGAAACUAUUUUUAAAUUUAUCAUUUAUCAUUUUUAAAUAUUAAUUUAAUUUUUAAAAUUCUAAACCACAGUUCUCAAAUCAAAAUCUUCAAUUUAGAUUAAUUUAUCUUAGUAUGUAUCUCUUUAACAAAAUAUUUUGGUCAUUUUUUUAAUUUGUAUGUGAUGUAUUUAUAAUAAAAACAUUUUUAGUAUUAUCUUAAACUUUUGUUUAAUAAAAUAACAUAUUUUAAUCUAUAGAGUUUUUAUAUAUAAAUUAAUAAUGUUAGAAAAAAGGAAAAGUGAGAUUCCUAUUUAUACAAAUAGGAAUAUUUACAAAGAAAAGUUAGUUUAUUGGCUUUCGCUUUUCCCAAUUGAAGCAGAGAUGAAGAAAGCAGUGAUGGAUGCAUCUUCAAGUUAUCUCAAACCAACAGAGACGAAGAAAGAAGGAGAUUCGGGAAAAGAGACGGCAGAAGCCAUGGACGUCGUUGUGAAUUCAAAGCGGAAGGCCGAGUUCGAGCCUGAGGAGGAGGAGGAGGAUGAAUGGGAAGAGAGCGAUGGUGAGAUUAGCGAAGCUGAGAUGUUACAGGCGCCUGAGUGGGAUGUAGACAGCUUCGAUGGUGUAGAGUAUUACUCCUCUCCGGAUGUGCAGCUUUCCACUUUAUCCGACGAAGAGGAGGCCAUAGAAGACUACAACAUCAUUAAACGCCAGCUUAUCAACAGCAAGGGGUUUUACGCUGAUCCAAACCGAAAGCAUAUCUAUCACUACAAAGGCAUCUGUCCAGUGGGUUUGGACCGGAUCGCACUUCCCGACAGAACGUUUCGUGAUUACUGGGAAGAGAUGGUUCAUGUCUGUCUCGAAAGACACAACCGAGACAAGGAUCCCAAGGUGGAGUUCGUUGAAGUCGUGAGAGGUCAUUAUCGCGGAGGACCCAGAUCCAAGUCAUACAUUACUUUUAUGGCCAGGGAGAAGCCAGAUGGGCCACUUGUUGAGUAUCAAGCCAAGGCUAUGGUUACUCUUGAUAGAAAGAGACACCCCAUCCUCUGCAGACCCACUCCUCCUACACCAAACCCUUAAGAUUUAGUGGUUGUAACAUUUUUUUUAAUGGUUGUAACAUUUUAACUUAAGGUUCUUAAUACUUUUUGUACUCACUUAUUUUUUGUUUAAGAAUGACUGGACCUUUGAUAGGGUGCGCACCUAUGAUUUUUCAAUAAUUUCUUAUUAGGACUAGUGCUGCUUUCAAUGUUAUUUGAUUUUAGUU